AAGCAAGUACCUCUGGACAGCAUUCUAGGCAAAAAUUGGGACUCAGGAGAAAGAAGACUGAAGUGAAGAUGUACAGCCUGCGGGAAAGAAGGGGCUGUACCUACCAAGAGGUCAGCGAGCCCCAGGAUGAUGACUACCUGUAUUGCGACACGUGUCAGAACUUCUUCAUUGACAGCUGUGCUACUCAUGGGCCCCCUACAUUUGUAAAGGACAGUGCGGUGGACAAGGGGCACCCCAACCGCUCAGCCCUCACUCUGCCCCCUGGGCUGAGAAUCAGACCCUCAGGCAUCCCUGAGGCUGGGCUCGGAGUGUGGAACGAGGCGUCCGAUUUGCCGCUGGGUCUGAACUUUGGCCCCUACGAGGGCCAUAUCACAGAAGAUGAAGAGGCGGCCAACAGCGGAUACUCCUGGCUGAUCACCAAAGGGAGAAACUGCUAUGAGUAUGUGGAUGGAAAGGACAAAUCCCAGGCCAACUGGAUGAGGUAUGUGAACUGUGCCCGGCAUGACGAAGAGCAGAACCUGGUGGCCUAUCAGUAUCACGGGCAGAUUUUCUACCGAACCUGCCAGGUCGUCAGGCCGGGCUGUGAACUGCUGGUCUGGUACGGGGACGAGUACGGCCAGGAGCUGGGCAUCAAGUGGGGCUGCAAGUGGAAGCGAGAACUCAGUGCAAUGACAGGACACAGAGCAUACGGCCCAGGCAGCCUUGUCAACACCUGCCCUGACUCAAACUUUCUCUUUCAGCAGGAACAACGCCAGAGAUCCAUCCUUGUUCCUCCUGCUCGCUGGCCUUUUCCAGUCAGAAACUCCUCAGCCAGCAUGUGGGCCGCAGUCACCCCUCUCAGGUCCUUCCAGGAACACCAGCAGGAAAACACCUCAAAUCAGAGGAACCCUGCCCAGAGAAUCUGA